AUGACAAUUGAACAUGAUUUAUAUAUACCAUCUCCAUCAUUAUCACAUUCAGCUCUUAAAUUUAAUAUUGGUGAAAGACAAUUAACUGUUUGGCAACCAAGUAUUCAUGAUAAUGAUUUACCUUUAUUAGAUUUUAAUUUAUUGGAUUUUUUUUCUCUAUUGGGCGUUGAAGAUCUUGUUACAUGUGCUUUAUUAGAACAUCAGAUUAUUCUGAAAUCUUCAGGUAUUCAUUUUUUUUAAUUCUUCAUUUGAUAAAACGAAUUUUUUUAUUAUGCUCGACAAAAACUCAAGUUCAUAAUAGCUGUUUAUACGUAUGGGCAAGAUGGUCUCGAUCUCGUCGUGACAAGUAUUGGUAAAAUACGCUCUGACCAUCGUUUUAAUUAGGACAUAUACCAGUCGAUAGAGCUUUAAAUCCUGAGUCUAGUGGAUCUCAGUGUAAGCCAAUAGCUCAACAAAAGAAAUGUUUGGAAAAUGAAAUCAAACGUAGCUACUCUGCUACAUCUUUUGAACUGACGAGGGCGACC